GUGCAGUUUACGCCUCCAGGUGUUCCGGUAGCUUUUAUUAGCUCGCUAAUCUUCACCUGACAACAGCGCAUCAUAAUUUUCGAUUUGCACGGCUAGUUCGUAGUGGCGGCGAUCUAUAUUUAGAGCGCUGUAGACUAAACAUUAGCAAUGUGACCCGGAUUAGCGUACCGCAGCUGUUUGCAUAUCCGCCAUUUUGCUAAGGUUGUUGCUAUUCGCCGUGCGGCACUGGUUUGCCGUUAUGAAUGAAAGAAUGGAAAUAUUCAAAUUGGCGCAGUCCUACAAAAUAAAAUGGGAACUAUUUCUCGAUAGCAAAGUGCAUGAAGUACUCACUGCGCAUGCACAGUCUUUAGGAUGUGAAUUGGACCUUUUGAUAUUGCCUUUGUUUGUGUCUGUAGCGAGUUCGAUGACAUCUGGAACAAAGAUCCAGGUGACCCUUAGCUGGAUCGAACGCCCGCGUCUGUGUGGUGUUGUUGCAGCUAGACGAGGUGAAAGAAAAACUACAAUGCUGAACUACAUUAAAUCUUGUUGCCGACAAGUAAAGUGUCAUGGCGGCGACACAGACGAUACCGAGAGUGUACCUGGGAUCCCUACAAUAGACGAAGCAUUCACUGAGAAUAUUCCAGAAACCUGCAAAGGUGACCGUCUUUUUGUGCUAGACGAUCUCGACAUAGUUCUUAAAAAUGUGACAGAAAUGCCUGAUAUCUGGAAUCUUCGUACGUUGCAAAGGUUAUUUGAUUCCCGUUGUUCUGACGAGACAGACGAUGCCAUUAAGGAAAACGUAAACGUUAUAGCGGCGGCACAGGGCGUCGUUAUUUCUGACAUAGUAAAUUCUCCCGAUCCUGGGCGGUUGCUGGAUAGGGUUAUAGUAUAUUGUGCGAGGGAUUCCGAAGAUAUGGUGAUAUCCACAAAAACUCCAGAUUCCUUAGGCAAACUCAUGCAGAGGAUAUACGAUCUGCAUGUCAAUCAAAAUGUUACAUACACAUUCAGUGAGGAAGCGACGCAAGAAUUUCAACGAAUGUCUGGAAUUGUAAAUGCAAUCAAGAAACAGUGCCACAAUGACGAAUUGAAACGAGGUUGUUGUAAUCACGUAAUGUCCCAGAUGGCGCGAUUGAGUGCAAUUUCAUGUGCUUUGACGUCCUCCAUUAAAGAAACCAAAGCAGAUUUUACCAUCAACAAAACGACAGCCCAAUCCAUGUUUGUUGUUUCAUUGUACUUGUUGCGACAAAAAUGUCUACUUCUGCAUGGUUCCGACAGCACAACAUAUUCAGAAUUGUUUCACUCCAUUUUGAAUAGCGAGACGGAGUUAUUACCAACAGCAGAUACCAGUCCACGCGAGAGUGAAGAUGACGUCAUAGAAAUCACGCUUGAUAGGAACAAUGAACCAGUUGCAAGAAUAAUUCCCAAACGGGAGGAUAAUAUGGAGAUAUCGGAAACUUCGCAGGCGACUGACGUCAGAAUGUGGACAAUGGACAACAAGGACUAUACGGUCAAUCAGAAUGGUAGAGAGACCAGCAGUGUAUAUUAUCCAGCUGUUCAGAAUCUACCACAAGAGGUCGCCACUCAGCAGAAACGACAGCGACUGAUGAAUCACCCUGAAGGCCCAAACACGGAGCACUGUCAGCAAUACGAACACAACCACCCGACUCACAGUGAAGACAAUAAACAGAUUCAUUUUUCAAACACACUCCAACCAAGAGGCAAGUUUCGUCCUCCACCUCCACCGCUGAAACUUCGUCCGCACCAACUCCAUGUCAAUCGCCGGUUUAUUCCUGCUCCCAAACGGCUGACGGACAGAACGCAAUCCAAAACUUGUGUAUUUACGUGCAGUGACAGUCUUUUUGUGCACAUCUGUUGCGCUAAAAUUAGAAAGUGUUUAUUGACAAAAGGGUUGUCUAUUACCUCUUCUUAUGCCUGUCAGUAUCGCCUCUUCCCACCCGUGCCCCUAACACAGAGAACAUCAUCCCCGCGGACCACUCACCCCUCGUGGGCGGCCGUCAAGUUUUUUGAGAGGUUAGAAGCAUUGGGGUAUGGGGAGGUCACGGUUUUUCGUUCGCAGUCCGUAAAAUUCCGGAAAAAGGCAUUAGAAGAGAUGUCGGAAGAAGCCAGGAAUAUUCUAAAAUACCAAAUUGGAAUCACGGAGGAAGAGUAUAGAUCUGCCAUGACGAAAGAGGAGGAUAUCCAGGGACCUGUACAGGAGUAUAACUAUGUAUUCACUGUUCAUCAAAACGGAGAUAUCGAAACCGAACCAAUGCAGCACGUGGAGACUGAACAGAAUGUUCAACACUCGGCAAUUUGUGAAAUCCUGACCACGUGCUACAGGAUUAGACAUUUAUACGUCAUUUGUUUAUACAAACGGACAGUGAGGUAUUGUUUAAUCGAGAUCCGCCCUCGGAAAAUUAGAAUCAGCAGCAGUGGAAGGGCGUUUUUCAGGAACAUUGAAUAUAGGAUAAAUAUAUCUACUUUUCUGAUCAUGCAGGAACGAAACAUGGAAAAUCACAACGACCUUGAUAAUACAACAGAAGUUCAGCAUGCUACAUCACGUGUACAGUUUUCUCCUGUGAUUCUUGAGAACUCUGUCUCUCUCUGGUCGGAUACGGAGCCAAAUAGGAACCAGAACGACUGCGUCUAUCGCUUCGGUCACAACAAACGGGGAUACGCCAUUUUGAUCAUGAACAAUGAAUUUGACAACGAAGAUGAAAAUUUACCCGGUGUACAAAGUGAUAUUAAGAAUAUGUCCGAAUUGUUUAAUUCACUGGAGUUUGAUGUUAUAGAAUUGAUAAAUCUUACAAAUGAUCAAUUAAUCACAGAACUGACCGGAAUCCAGGAUGCAGUAACCAAUGACUGCGACUGUUUUGUUUGCGUCAUCAGUACUCACGGCGGGGAGGAUCCAGGUUAUUACAUCGGUGACACGGAGAAACUGGUCACCAAAACGGAGCACUACAUCUUGAACUCUAAAGGAGCGGUAUGGACGCGGUAUAUCAUGGACAUGUUUGGUGAUGAACAGUGUAGAGCCCUGAGAGGCAAGCCGAGGUUAUUCUUUAUCCAGGCAUGUCGCGGGGGAGAGGUGGAUAAAGGCAUUGAUCUGUUAGAGGAUGAUAGUGAUGAUAUUGAAGAUGAUUCUAAAAACCACGCAGUUUUCCAAAUUCCCUGUUACAACGAUUCCUUGGUGAUGUUCUCCUCCACUUCAGGUAAAUAUGCCUGGUCGGAGGAUUUUGAGGGCGGCUGGCUUCUAUCCGCCUUACAGAGUGUGUUCCCCAGCAGCACUGAUACAGAUCUACUUUCACUUUUGACACGAGUUUGUGGAGAAGUAGCGAGAAGAGAGGCCUAUAUUCCUGAUAAUGAGAGAGCACAUCGGUCUAAGAGUGCCGCCUGUGUAUAUCAUAAACUGUCCAAAGAUAUUUACUUUCCAAAAUCCAAUAAAAAAGAUUAAAAUUAUA